AUGGCUGACACGUUGCAGUCUGCUAGCCGUCAAAAGUUGAUCAGAGAGAAAUUAUCACAAUGGGAAGCAAAGACAAAUCCGAAAGCUCCUCUAACAACGAAACAAAAAGAUGCCGUUAUUGAACUAACGUCGUUUGUAACAGAACGGCCACUUCCACAAGGAUUGCCAUGUGAUGAUGUGCUGGUUGUGUCUCCUCCCCCGGUGAGUGUAUCAAGCAGCAGCACCAGUGAGGCCAGUCUGCUGCAGAUGUUCCUCCAGUCCAACCCACCAGAAGGGGGCAAGAUUGAGAACGCUCAACAGUUCUUUUCCUGGUUCUCGGAACUGGAGGAUGGCAUUGAUCAAGAGGAUGAAAGCCAUUACAGAGACUACAUGGAUGGGUUGAUGGGUCAUCGUGACCAGUGUGACGGUGUCCUAGGGGAGGUAACUCAGGCACUAAACCACCUGCAGGAGCUACAGAAGCAGUAUGUCAACGUCUCCACCAAGACUAACGCUCUGCAUGAUGCUUGUGAACAUCUCCUGGCGGAACAGACCAAACUGAUGAACACAGCAGAGAGCCUCACAAACAAGCUGUCCUACUUUAAUGAGUUAGAGAGAAUAUCCAGUAAACUUGGAUCCCCUACACUGACAGUUACAAAUGAGUCUUUUGUUCCGAUGUUGUCCCGUAUGGAUGAAUGUAUUCAUUACCUUAAAAAUAAUCCUAGGUACAAAGAGUCAGCAGUGUAUUUAGCCAGGUUCCGGCAGAGUUUGUCCAGAGCACUUAAUCUUAUAAAGUCGCAUGUGACAACACUUCUGCAGAAUGCGACACAACAGGUGCAACCUAAAAAGCAGGAUGUUCCAAACAUGGCCGACAAUGCAUUUACACUGUUCUACGGCAAAUUCCGAGCCAAUGCUCCUCGUAUUAAAUCCCUCACAGAACAACUUGAGAUAAGAGUGGAUAAGACACCAGAGUAUGCCGACGUCCUGGCAGACUGCCACCACUGCUACUUCGUACAGAGGGAGACGCUUCUUGGACCCAGUAUUGCCUCCACCAUCACAGACCUGGCCACCAGACAUGUCCGUGAUCACUGUGCACUGAUGCGGAGUGGCUGUGCCUUCAUGGUGCAUGUAUGUGAGGAUGAAUACCAGCUCUUCUUCAACUUCUUUUCUAAAGCAACGCCCAUGUUAGAUGAUAUGUUGGAGCGGUUGUGUAACAACCUGUACGACGUGCUGCGUCCCCUCAUUAUCCAUGUCAACCAUCUGGAGACUCUGUCUGAGCUUUGCAGCAUCCUCAAGUUGGAGAUGAUGGAAGAACAUGUCAUGAACAACCCCCAGGAGCUGGGGGCGUUUGAGUGUAUUUGUAAGCAGAUGUUGAUGGACGUGCAGGAGAGACUGGUGUACCGGUCGUACAUCUAUGUGAAGGCGGACAUCUUCCAGUACUCCGCUGCAUCAGGGGACCUGGCCUACCCCGAGAAGCUGGAGAUGAUGGAGAGUAUUGCUGAGAGUAUCAAGAAGGGACAGCAGAGUAACAAGACCCAUUCGCGCACCCCGUCUAAUGCCUCCAGCACCAGCCAGGAGGUAGCACAGCUAACAGCCACCGAGACUGAGAUGCAGACAGUGCCCCUCAAUGAGCCCAGUAGAGACAACCCAACAAGCAACAUGCCCAUGUCUCCAGCGGAUCUGCACGGGAUGUGGUACCCAACUGUCCGUCGUACGUUGGUCACGCUGUCCAAGUUAUACCGAUGCAUUGAUAGGACCACAUUCCAGGGCUUGUCUCAGGAGGCGCUGUCAGCCUGCAUACACUCACUCUCUGCAGCCAAGGAUGGAAUCAUCAAGAGAAAGACCGUUAUGGAUGGAGAGUUGUUUCUUAUCAAGCACUUGUUGAUACUACGGGAACAGAUAGCUCCAUUUCAUGCUGACUUUGCCAUAAGGGAAACACAUUUGGACUUCAGCAAGUUUAAAGACAUGGCCAGUAAAGAUGGGAGCCUAGGACUUGGGGUAUUUGUAGAUGCAGCCUACAGUCUCAUUCAGAAGAAAGGACAACUGUUUGCUCUCAACAGCAACAAUGCCUUGCUGCAGUUUGUUCUCAGCGGUACGCCCCAGGUUACUGAGUACUUUGUGGACUCCAAGCGUGACGUGGAUCAGCAUCUGAAGAAAACAUGUGAAGAUUUCAUCCACCAUGUCUCCGAGACGUUCACAGGACCUCUCCAGACCUUCCUGUCAAGGGCCGAGGUGAUCGUGAAGAUGAAGCAGGAACAAGUUGGACAGAAUGUGAAACUGAGACAGCAGCCGUUUGCCACCCCAGAAAAGGUUCAUGAUGUUGUGGCCGAGACAUACAAAAAUGUGAAGACCAAACUGCCCUCUGUCCAUCGCAGUAUGUCCCUAUAUCUGGCCAACAGGGACACAGAGUCAAUCCUGUUUAGGCCCAUAAAGGUGAAUGUACAACAGAGUUUCCAGCAGCUUACCCAGCUCCUCACAGACAACUACACAGAAGAGGACGUACAGAUCAUUGCCUGUCCCAGUGCAGAACAGGUGAAUCUGCUGCUUUCAACAGGCCCUAAGUGAUGCAUUGGAGAUUUCAAACAUGGGACAAGAUUUAGGGAUAAUGUGUAAAUGAGGAUUCAGCAAGACAGAUGUGAUCUAAAGUCUGUGAUAGUAGGGAGAUUUCUCCUUCUCCAUUAACUGAACAACCUUCAACACAAGUGUGGUAAAGCAACAGUCAUUUCACCCAAUUGCCAGCUGCUGUACAUGAACACUGCUUGUGUUGGAGGCUCCUGGGUGGGACAGACGGACACUGCUUGUGUUGGAGGCUCCUGGGUGGGACAGACGGACACUGCUCGUGUUGGAGGCUCCUGGGUGGGACAGACGGACACUGCUCGUGUUGGAGGCUCCUGGGUGGGACAGACGGACACUGCCCGUGUUGGAGGCUCCUGGGUGGGACAGACGGACACUGCUCGUGUUGGAGGCUCCUGGGUGGGACAGACGGACACUGCUUGUGUUGGAGGCUCCUGGGUGGAACAGACGGACACUGCUCGUGUUGGAGGCUCCUGGGUGGGACAGACGGACACUGCUCGUGUUGGAGGCUCCUGGGUGGGACAGACGGACACUGCUCGUGUUGGAGGCUCCUGGGUGGGACAGACGGACACUGCUCGUGUUGGAGGCUCCUGGGUGGGACAGACGGACACUGCUCGUGUUGGAGGCUCCUGGGUGGGACAGACGGACACUGCUCGUGUUGGAGGCUCCUGGGUGGGACAGACGGACACUGCUUCACAUGGCAGGACAGUGACAGCAGGCUGGUUCAGCAGUACAUUCUGCCAUCAGAGUGCUGUUUCAAGCUGAGAUUACUGUUACCUUGGGAAGCUUAGUUUUUGUGGUAUUAUAGGUGAUAUAUUUAUUCUAGAUGUCGCAAAUGUCGGCUAACAUGUUGGUAUGACCAUGUAUGUGUGGGCGGUUAGAUUUGCUUGUUCAAUAUUAGGGCACAUAGUUCCCAUUGAGGAUAUGUUAUUACCCAUUGCAGCAGUAUUUCAGGACAGCUGCUUCUGUAGAGAUAUGAGAAUCCAAGGUCUCAGCGUUUCUGAAACAAGUAUCUGUAGAAGUGAUGUCUCAUCAGACAGAGAGGGAAUAUCUGGGCAAGAGAACCGGCCUUCACCUUCAGCAUUAGAUGAAUUACUUUACCAAGGCUCACUUGCACUAGGAGAGCUCCCCUCCAGGUCUAUGUUAAUGAAAGUCAGUUAUUUGUCAGCAAGUGAACCCUGGACUCGAUCACUUAGUUAUCAAGCUGCUGCCUUGGCUUCUUUGCAGUGUAUCUUCAACAUUGGAGGAAAUAUUUAUUGUUACUGUGUGCUGUUGUUUUCAAGAGAUAUUAGAAAUCAUAUUUUUAUACUUGUUAUGUAUAUAUGUAAUAUAUGGGGUAAACAAAUAAAUCAUAACAAAAACAAGAGAGUACUGUUGGUAUUUUUACUAGGAAAGUUGUCUGUUGGUUGUAUGUUAAUACAUGUACAUAUAACAGUUUUAUGUCAAAGAUGAAACCUUGUUAUUGCUGGUACUGUUGGUCUUCAGUUCAUUCUUAGUACAAAGAUUUGAAAGUUGUUUUUCUUAUAACAUGUCUACAAAUGGUUAAUGUAAUUUUCUAAUUUACAAAAUAAUAGUAUCAAUACAAAGUUUCAUUCACUUUCAGCUUCAUGUCAUUGGUCAUGAAUAAAUGUGUUCAGAAAUGUCCUUAACUAUUAAAUCUAUUCUGUACAAAUGUUCCAUAGAUGAAUCAGGCAAAAGGCUCUCCAUCAAUGGCUCACAUUGGUAUAUACAUACACAUAACAAAAACCACAGUUAUACUGAAAAUGUAGUUUACAAGCUGACCAUUUCUGCAUACAUCCUUGGAAUAUCUGAUAAGCAGCAUAAAUGUGCAGUAGUGGGCUACUGAUAGAAGUCAUGUAAAUGAAUAAACCCAGCAUGAAAUACUCAUAUCCUCUGCCAAUAUGACAAGUUUGGUUGUGUGCAAGGCAAGAAACUAUUGUACGGUUUUCAAGAUCUAAUUCAAAGUCAUUGCCAUGGAAACCCAAAAAAUAUUUU